CACCACAACAACACCCAGCGGGCUCAAAAGUUUCUCUGAACUUUCCGCCAAGAAACAAGGAGAAGCAGUCAUGGUCAGUGCCAAGAGGCUCGCCCAACUGGCAAAGAAGUGGCAGAGGAUGGCGGCCAUGGGGAGGAAGAGGCUCACCCAGACUACGACCGUGAAAAGAGCAGCCGAGGAGUGCUGCGCAAUAAACUCAGUAGCGGUGAAGGGACACUGCAUGGUGUAUACAGCCGAUGGGCGGCGGUUCAAGGUGCCACUGGUGUACCUCGACACGGUGGUCUUCGGCGAGCUCCUGAGGAUGUCUCAGGAGGAGUUUGGGUUUGCAAGCGGCCAUGAUGGUAGGAUCACGCUGCCCUGUGACGCUGCCAUGCACUUCCUCAAGAGAGAUGCCACUGCGGAAGUAAUGAUGGUGCUCCUGAGCUCCAUUGAGAGGCCGUGCUGCUUUGAUAGCGGUGUGGUGGCGCCAUGUGUAGGGCUUAGCCAGCAUCUAGCUGUUUGUUAGCUAGUGAAGAAUGGCAGCUAGCUAGGAUCCUUGUUCAUGGCACCAGUUUUUGUUCAAUGGAAGAUGUGAAUAUGAAGUUAGUAGAUUGGAAAUGGAACAAAGAUUUGUGAUGAAAUUUGGAAGCUUUCUGAUCAGGCAAAGUGUUCAAUUGUUUGUUUCCAAGUCAGUACGUACUAGCAAAGCUUCAAUAACACAGCUGUAUUUGCGUGUUAACAAAUCUGAGUCAAGGCAUACACUUCAAAACUAAAACUAAUGUGCGCUGAUAUUUGAGAAACUAUAAAACUAAUGAAUCCUGCACAUGUUUUUCUUGAAGAAUGACACAGGAGCUUUCCAAUUAUUGAACAGAAAAAACAGAGAAAGGCAGAGGGUGAUACAUUCAAGUAUGCAUACCACAUGAGUUUUACAAAUGUUACGUGCCUAGAAUUAGAUUAGAU